CUGUAUUAAUUACUUAUACUCUUUACGGUUGCAUUAAUCCUCCUUUAGUCUUAUCAUAUUUUUCUCCUGUUUUCCUCUAUAUUUCUCUAUAGAUGACUGACUCAUUGGCUUCUGACCCGUUUCCAAUUUAGCUCAUUUUUAAGAUAGGGGGCUAGAGAAAUGGAGGAAAGUGUGUUAUGCCAGUGGACUGUGAUUCGAUCCAUUUUUGCUAUUGUUCAAUGGUGGUGCUUUAAUGUAGCUGUUAUUAUCAUGAACAAAUGGAUCUUUCAGAAACUGGAUUUUAAAUUUCCAUUGACAGUAUCUUGCGUACACUUCAUAUGCUCAGCUAUUGGUGCAUACCUGGCAAUUAAAGUGCUCAAACUUAAGCAACUCAUCGUGGUUGAACCCGCAGAUCGGUGGAGAAGAAUUUUUCCCAUGUCAUUUGUGUUCUGUGUCAACAUAGUCUUGGGGAAUGUAAGUCUGCGAUACAUUCCUGUCUCUUUCAUGCAGACCAUAAAGUCAUUUACUCCUGCAACAACAGUGAUUCUGCAGUGGCUAGUUUGGAGAAAGAACUUUGACUGGAGGAUCUGGACUUCUUUGAUUCCCAUUGUUGGAGGAAUUCUGCUAACUUCUGUUACUGAGCUCAGUUUCAACAUGUUUGGGUUCUGUGCUGCGUUAUUUGGCUGUCUUGCUACUUCUACAAAAACUAUUCUAGCGGAGUCUUUGCUGCAUGGCUACAAAUUUGACAGUAUAAACACAGUUUUCUACAUGGCUCCCUUUGCGACUAUGAUAUUGGCUCUGCCAGCUUUACUCUUUGAAGGAGCUGGAGUUGUUGAAUGGUUAUACACUUUCCCGUCAGUGGUUCCAUCCAUGUUUAUUAUUUUCGGCUCUGGAGUGCUGGCUUUCUGCCUUAACUUCUCUAUUUUUUAUGUCAUCCACUCCACAACUGCUGUCACUUUCAAUGUUGCCGGAAACCUUAAGGUCGCUGUGGCAGUUACUUGUUCAUGGCUGAUAUUCCGGAACCCAAUCUCAGCUAUGAAUGCCUUAGGCUGUGGAGUAACACUUGUUGGAUGUACAUUCUAUGGUUAUGUGAGGCACAUUCUCUCACAGCAGCCUCAAGAGAUUCCUCCAAAGAACAAGUCAGAGUUUGUUCCUCUGGUAAAUGAGAAAGUGGAAGAUAAAGACAACGAUUAGAAUAGUAAAUGAGGUUACCUCAGUUUUGCAAAAGAUAGAUUAUUCGACUAGACUCUCUUGAGUAUUUACCAAUUACCAUUGCCUUUUGUCCACUUUGAGACAUUUAUAUGUGCUUAAUUUUUUUAUUUUUUUUUAGCAUAUUAAUUCUUGUUCACAGAGAAAAACGUCCUCAGAUAGGUUUUCUUAUUUUAUUUUUAACAACAGAUGAGCAUAACAAAACUUUGUUUCA